AUGUGACAUGCCUGUCGGAGCUGGAUGGAGCUGCUGACGUUGGUGACUGCGUGCGAUGGGCAGGAGCUAUGCCAUCCCUUGUCCAGGAGUGCUUCAUUCCCUGCAAAGAUGACUGUACAUUUACCCCCUGGUCUAAAUUUACAGCCUGCUCCUUUGACUGUGAAACAACUAGAAGUAGGAAACGGUCACUCACAGGGCGAAGCAGAAAGCGAGACAAAUGCCAGAACACAGAAGUUUAUCCUCAAGUUGAAACUGAGCUGUGCCCCUGUGAGGUGUUCACCUCCCAGCCCCAUGGGAAUUGGUCUGACUGCAUUAUUGGAGGAGGUCAACCCGAGCUGCAGCUGGGAAUGCCAUCCCAUGGAGCCCCCAAGGAGUGUGGCCAGGGCGUGCGGCUGCGAGCUAUUGCCUGUUAUGAUAAGACUGGCAGACUCGUGGAACCAUCUCACUGCAGCAGUUCAGGUUACAUUGAAGAAUCUUGCACAGUCCCUUGCCCGUUUGAUUGCAAAUUAAGCGAUUGGUCCAGUUGGUCUCCUUGCAGCUCUUCUUGUGGACCAGGGGUGAAAGUCCGAUCCAAGUGGCUUAAGGAGAAGCCAUACAAUGGAGGUCGUCCCUGCCCAAAGCUGGAUCUCAAGAAUCAGGCUCAGGUGCACGAGGCAGUCCCAUGCUACAGCGAGUGCAAUCAGUAUUCUUGGGUAGUAGAACCGUGGUCUCCGUGCAAAAUCAACAGCGAACAAAAUUCCCUCCACUGUGGAGAAGGAAUACAAACGAGGAAAGUCAGGUGUGUGAGCACUGCUGAGGACCAUGGAGGGGAGGCUGUGCCCAAUGCUCUGUGUAAUCAGUCUGAAAUCCCAGAUACGAUGCAGAAGUGUAGCUUGUACUGUCCCAGUGAGUGUGCAGUAUCUGACUGGGGACAGUGGAGCAAGUGUCCACAGGUGUGUGAUCCGAAUAUUAUGCAAACCCGAACUCGACAAGUGCUAAGGUCUUCUGUCAGUUCAAAGCCCUGCCCUGAAGAGUCACAAAUGAAGCCAUGUAUUCUUAACCAAAACUGCUUCCAAUAUCAGUACAACCUAACAGGCUGGAGUGGGUGCCAGCUGGGUGCCAAUGCCACCUGUGGACUUGGGGAGCGUCGUCGUCUCCUGAGCUGCCAGCGCAGCGAUGGGGCCACUGUCAGCAUGCAGCUCUGCCAGCAGCUUGGCCUGGAGAAGCCCAUGCAGACGAGCAGCCGGUGCGUGGUGGGGUGUGCGGUGGACUGCCAACUCUCUCCAUGGUCAGCCUGGUCGCAGUGCUCCCACACAUGUGGUGCUGGCGGCCAGAUGGUGCGUGGGCGCUCGGUGGUCCUGCGGGCGGCGGGCGAGGGCAGACCCUGCCCGGAGCAGCUCACCCAGCACAGGAGCUGCCCAGUGAAGCCCUGCUACAGCUGGCUGCUGGGCCCGUGGUCUCCCUGCAGAGUCCAGGGUGGACAGUGUGGAGAUGGAUUGCAAGUCCGCAACCUCACGUGUGUAGUGCAUGAUGCAUCUGUUUCUGCUGCAUCCAAACCUGUAGAAAAUGCAUUAUGUGGUGAGCUGCCAUCGAAGGAAAGUGUGCUGCAGUUACCAUGCUCUGUGCCUUGCCCAGGUGACUGCCACCUGACAGAGUGGUCAGAGUGGAGCUCUUGUGAGCUCACCUGCAUCAAUGGCAGGAGCUUCGAGACAACAGGGCGCCAGUCUCGAUCCAGGGCACUCAUCGUUCAGUCUCCAGAGAACCAGGAGAGCUGCUCUGGACAAGAGAUGGAAACACGGCCUUGCUCAGGAGGGAAGUGUUAUGACUACCUGUGGAAAACCAGCCUUUGGCGAGACAACAUACGCACAGUGUGGUGUCAGCGCUCAGAUGGAAUGAAUGUCACAGGAGGGUGUCCUCUUAGGACAAAACCUGCCGAAGUUCGGCACUGCAGCCCAGAGUGCAAAAAACCAUUCUCCUACUGCACACAGAGAGGAGUCUGCGGUUGCGAGCGAGGAUAUACAGAAGUAAUGAGAUCAAAUGGUUUCCUGGAUUACUGCGUGAAGGUACCAGGUUUAGAAGAUAAGAAAGCUGAUGUUAAGACCAUUGCUGGAAAAAAUAAACCUGUCAACUCAAAAAUGCAUGACAUUUUCAAAGGAUGGUCUAUUCAACCUUUUAAUCCAGAUGGUAAACUGAAGAUGUGGGUAUAUGGAGUAUCAGCUGGUGGGUUCUUCAUCAUAGUUUUCCUCAUUUUUACAUCCUACCUGAUGUGCAAAAAAACGAAGCAGCAUCAAAGCCCUCCUCCACAGCAGAAGCCUCUAACCUUGGCCUAUGAUGGAGACAUUGAUAUGUAACAUAAAAAAGAAAUCCAAAUGUAGACAUCAACUGCCUUAACUGCUUUCUUUUUUGGAACUCUCCGACUUCUCAGUUUUUUGAGGAAUCUCCUGAUGUGUAAUAUACCGGGCAGAGCAGAACUAUUGCAAGCUUAAAAAUUUGCCACCUCUUUGUUAAGAAAAAUGAAGUCAAAAACUUGCAUCUUGUGAAACUUUUUCUGAAGAGACCAGAAAAUACAUCUCUUCCUGUUGAGCAAUGGGAAUGAAAAGAAGAGACUCUACAGACAUCAAAAGGAAUAAGUUUUUAACAAAAAAAAGGCAUGACAAUCCCGAGGAAAAUGUGACAUUUACUGUAAAUGACAAGUUUGACACAGCAUCAUUAUGCACUAUAUUAGUGCAGGGUUCUUUAUUCUUCACAUACUUCAACAAUGAGUUUUCUAGUGUUUACAUUUCGUUCAAAGACUUCAAAACCGGAUCAUGUAUUUUGAGAAAUGCAAGGAAGAAUGAGUUGAAGUGUCUGAAAUUAUCAGGUUUUUUAAAGUUUCUUCCUUCUUAUCCUGUUUUCUAGUCUGGAAUAUGAUUUUGCUUCAUUU